AUGGCUGAGAUCAAAGCCGUCUUUGGCGGCGCCGCCUUUCCAAACGGCGCGUACGCCGACGCAAAGGUACAGGCCGAGGCUCUCGACGUCCUCCAGAAAGCAGGCGUUAACGUCAUCGACACCGCGCGUCUGUACGCCGGCUCCGAGGAGGCGAUCGGCAAGCUCGAAGGCCGCACCAACUUUACCAUCGACACAAAACUAAAAGGCGGCUUCGACAAGGGCAACCUCGGCAAAGACCAGGUGAUCAAAGACAUCGACGACAGCCUGCAAAAGCUCCGCAUCCCCCAAGUCGACAUUCUCUACAUCCACGCACCAGACGACUCGAUCCCCGUCGCCGACACCCUCGCCGGCAUCGACGCCGCCUUCAAAAAGGGCCAAUUCCGCCGCUUCGGCCUGUCCAACUUCACGCCGCAGCAGGUCCAGGAGGUCUACGACAUCGCAAGUGAGAAGGGCUAUGUGAAGCCCACCGUCUACCAGGGCAACUACUCCCCCGUCGCGCGCCACCUCGAGACCAUCCUCUUCCCCACCCUCCGCAAGCUCGGCAUCGCCUUCUACGCUUACUCCCCGCUGGCAGGCGGCUUCCUGACCAAGACGCCCGCGGACCUAGAUGCCGGCGCCGGCCGCUUCAACGAGCAGGCAAUCGGGGGCAUGUACUUGCGGCUAUAUAACAAGCCGAGCCUGCGUGCGGCGCUGGGUGAGUGGAACAAGAUUGCGGAGGCCGAGGGCGUGAGCAAGGCCGAGCUGGCGUACCGCUGGGUGGGGUACAACUCUGCGUUGAAGGCGGAGCUUGGGGAUGCGGUCAUCUUUGGGGCGAGCAAAAUCAGCCAGAUUGAGCAGACGGCCGGGGGGCUGAAGAAGGGCGCCUUGAGCAAGAGCGCCGCGGAGAAGAUCGAUGAGAUCUGGGAGAGCGUGAAGAAGGAGGCGCCGACGGACAACUUUGGCGCGAACGUGGCGUAA